UUUUUUCCCCUUUGCCUUAAGGUUUCUACUCUGACAGGAUGUUAGUAGCUUUGUUACCUAUUUUGUCCCUGGUUACUGUUAUUCAUGCUCAGCUCUGUCAACCAGAUGCAAAAAAUGCUUUUAAAGUGAGAGUUAGUCUCAAAACUGCCCUGGGAGAUAAAGCAUAUGCCUGGAAUGAAAAUGAAGAAUACUUAUUCAAGGCAAUGGUGGCUUUUUCUAUACGAACAUUUUCCAACAGAGAAAAAAUAGAAAUUUCCAAUGUCCUGCUUUGCAAUGUAACGAAGCGUGUAUCUUUCUGGUUUGUAGUCACAGACCCUUCUAAAAAUCAGACGGUUCCUGCAGAUGAGGUACAGGCAGCCAUAAGGAUGAACAGAAAUAGAAUCAAUAAUGCUUUCUUUUUGGAUGAUCAGACAUUGGAAUUCCUAGAAAUUCCUGCCACUCUUGGACCUCCCACUGAGCCAUCAACCCCUAUUUGGGUUAUCGUAUUUGGUGUGGUAUUUUGCCUUGUCAUAGUUGGAAUUAUAUUACUGAUUAUAUCAGGAAUCCGUCAACGGAAAAGGAAAAGCAAAGCUUCGAUGGAAACAGUUGAUGUUGAAGACAAAUGUGAAACAAUGGUGACAAUAGAAAACGGAAUUCCCUGCGAUACGCUAGAUUCCAAAGAAGGACGCUUUAACAGAGCCUUUGCAGCAGAAGAUGAAAAACUCACACCAUUAUGAGAAGCUGUUACUUCCUUUUGCCCUAAAGAAACUCAGUGUUGCUGCUGACCAUCUAAAAAUAUCAGGAAUUAGAGAUUUUCUUUUUUGACUGGGCUUUUUUUUUUGUAAGAAAUUUGGAUGACCAGAACAAGUGAAGAAGAAAUUGACUCUAUAAGUAGUUGAUAAAGAUAAUUUUAAUCUUAAGACAUCAAUUAAACAAACUAUUAUAAAAUACUUUCCUGAGAAUACAAGGUUUAAGAAUGUUCAUAUGAUGUGCUUAGUUAUUGAUUUUAAAAUGUCUGUACUACUUGCUCAUUUUUCUUUAAAGAGCAGGACAAGGACUUCUUGAUAUGUUUAACCACUGACUUAUAAAAACACACACAUACACACACAACAUUUAAAAGUUUAAUCUGCAUUAAAACAUUUUCUUCAUCAUUUUUUAAGCCUAAACUAUUGGUGAGGGAACCCAAUAAAUCAAGCCUUGAUUUGUAGCAUUUGCUGAUUUUUAAGGUGUAAAUGCUCUGCUUGAAAAUUUAACAAUCAGCUCUUUUGAGCAGAUUUCAGUAUACCCUUGCUAUUACCACUUUUUUACCUGGGUCACUGGGUAAAUCCCUCUCUGGGACUUCUUUUCCUCAUCUGUAAAGUGAAAGAGUUGGACAAGUUGAUAUCUAGGAACCAGUUUAACUCCAAAACUUUGCUCUUAUAAUCUUAGUUGUCUAUAUGCUUAGACGAUCAAAGUAGAAUUUUUGUUUGUACUAUGGAAAUGACAAAUACUGAUUACAGUGCCUAAAAUAUUAUCUGUUUUUGCUUUGAGUAGGCAUUUUGCCUAUUAGUGCUAGGUAAGUGAGGAAGGAUUAAAAGCUUUUCUUUUAUAUGAGCUUGAUAAAAAUGGGUGUGGAUGAGAUAGAGAGAGGAAUUUGGUCCUAUUAACAUGUAAAUAGUUCCUAAUAUAUUUUCCCAAAGACAAAGUUCGAUUCAACAUACCAUUUCUACUAUUUGACUACUUUUUGCAAUUUUUAAGUUCAUGACACAGACAUAAACCAUUUAAUAAAAGUAUUAAAAGUUGCA